UCCAACUUUAUAUUUUCCCUACUCAUCCUCUAUCCUCCACUUCAUCUUUAGUCCAUCUCUAGUUCAUCUCUAGUCCACCUCUUCUACCCCGUCCGCCCUGGUCGGUCCUCUAGCUCCGAGUGUUUUAUCCACUCUUUGUUUCCUCGACACGUUUCUUGCUUUCUUCCAGCACUUAGUGAUUUCUUAUUCUUCCACCACCUAUCACCAUGGGCUCCGAAUACAUCCCCCCAGUUCGCCUUGCCAUCCUCGAGGCCGAUACUCCCGUUCCUGGUGUCAAAGCCAAGUACGGCUCCUAUGGCGGAGUCUUCACACACCUAUUCGAACGGGCAUGCGCAUCGCUGAGCCCUCCGCAACCACUCUCGUCCCUCCUGGAACUCUCAUACCACGACGUCGUCAAUGACCUCAACUCGUACCCAGACCCCAAGGCGAUCGAUGCCAUCCUCAUCAGUGGAUCUAAGCACUCCGCUUACGAGGAUGACGAAUGGAUCGUUCGGUUAGUAGAGUACACUCGACAAUGUCUCGAGGGCGGUCGUGUCCGCGUAAUUGGUGUCUGUUUUGGCCACCAGAUCGUUGGCCGUGCCAUGGGCGCCGAAGUCGGCAAGAAUGUUCUGGGUUGGGAGCUUAGUGUCACUGAGCACGAGCUCACGAAUGAAGGCAAAAAGUUGUUCGGUGUAGAGAAGCUGGCUAUUCACCAGAUGCACCGUGACAUCGUUUUCUCGCUACCACCCGGCGCCGUUCAGCUCGCCCGCACAGAUGUUUGUCCUGUGCAAGCUAUAUACAUCCCGAAGCGGGUGAUUACGGUGCAAGGCCACCCCGAGUUUACCGCCGACAUGGUGCGCGAGAUCCUCGAGAUGCGUCGGUAUGGCGGCAUCCUUAGUGAAAAUGUUUUCGAAGAUGGCAUGCGGCGUGUUAACAACAAGCACGACGGCGUUGCUGUUGCUCGGGCGUUCUUACGAUUUUUGCGUGAGUAUUAACGGAAGACGCGAGAUUGGAAAGAUCGGGAAAUAGGGAAGACUGAUCAUCCAAACGACACAAUUCUGUAAAAUGGUGGGGGAUAUAUCUUGGAUGCGACCACUGUCGUAUGAGACUGCUUGUGUUACCCAGUCCUCUUAGCCGGUCGCCGAAGUAAUUCGGCUAGUUGCCGAGACGUCACGAUCCGGAGGACAUCAAGUUUAUGACGUGAUACCCAUGUUUGAAGAAUGAACGAGCAUGGGAGUGCUGAAGGUCAUCUUAGCGUUCUGCGAUGAUUCUGGGCAUCAUGUUUAGCCCCCUUCUAGGGUCGCAUCGAUCCUUGGCUCUGUCACGGUUACACAUCUCCAGAAUAAGAAUGAAUAUUAAAUGAAGAAACAUCACAAAAAACACGAGCGCCCAGACAGA